GACCCGCAGUGUGGUCGAAACGUUAAAGCUUUUUACAUUUUCAUCUCAAUAAGAAGGUAUUAGUUUUAUGUGAAAAAUUACUUUUGCGGAUUCUAACAAAUGUCGACGUUUUGAGGCCCCCCUGAGUAAAAAAAAAUGGUUUUUAAGUCGGUGUCAUAGUCGUCGCCAUAGUUACAGCCUGCAAACAGGAGUGCACCUAUGUACAAGUGUCAUUGUGAAUGCUGUCAAAUUUCAAAGAUAUAUUCUGUUGUAAAUUUGAUAAAUUAGAGGUCUAGGUCUAUAUGUAACGACGUUCUGUUACGUGCAACAUUCGUUACGCUUUUAUAUUGAAUGCCAUUUUUCAACUGGCUCAAAAAGAAUUAAAUUGAAAAUUGCUACAUGUUUUCAAUGCAAUUGCCAGCAGAAGAGAAUAUAGUACCAUUUUCUAAUUUAUUACUUGUCUUAUAUAACAUCUUUCCAUAAAAAACAAGAGUUCGAACAUUUUUCUGUGAAGAAUCAUUUUAUGUGAAACCUUAUUCGCAGAUAUCAUCACAAGAAAAGUCUACGCUUAAAUUUGGUUUAUCAGUGAGAGAAGAAGCCACCAUUAUGGAAAAGGGAUUCCGCGUUAUCAGGAUUUUAAUUACGUUGUUAUUUAUUUUUAUCGCGAAUACCAACUGUGAUUUUUCCUAUCGCGAUCAAGGUCUUCUACCCAGAAAAAUUGAAAUUCAAACCCAGCAUAACGAUUCGUAUCCAAUUGAAAGCACCAAAAACUGGACUGAUCAAAGUGAAAUAGAAAAUAGUGAUAACUCGGCAGAGAACUGUUCAGCUCGAUCAAUCCACAACUUUCCCCAUGAUGUAUUCAACAGGCAUGAGCGACAGAAAGGAGCUGUCAUUUUUCAUAUUUUCUUUGGGUUUUACUGCUUUUUGAUGACAGCUUACGUUUGCAAUGAUUAUCUACUACCUGCACUUGAUUGCAUUUGUGCAGAUCUAAAUAUCAGUGCAGAUGUAGCAGGAGCAACAUUUUUAGCAACAGCCAGUUGUUUUCCUGAAUUAUUCGUCAAUGUAGUUGGUACCUUCCUUACGGAAUCUGAUCUUGGCGUAGGCACAGUUGUUGGAAGUGCUGUUUUUAACACCUUUGUCACGCCGGCUUGUGGAGCUUUAUCAGCAGCUGAGGCGAUCCAUCUAAAAUGGGGAAUAUUGUCGCGAGACUGUAUUAUUUACAUAAUCUCAGUCAGUUCCUUGGUUUUAAUUAUGUGGGAUGGCGUCGUAACUUGGUAUGAAGCUACAGUACUUUUGAUGCUAUUUGCCGGUUAUUUCAGUAUCUUAUUCUUCAGCAGAAGAAUCACACGCUUAUUCGCACGAAUGUCAAAUAAGAGGAAACUGUCAGAAGAAAAAAGCGAAGACAAAAAGAAGCAUGAUACAAUGCCACAUGGAACAUAUAAACCAUUUUUCCACGGAGAAUUGGUGAUCGAAUACAGAAAUAGUUUGGCGAAGGUUGCCAAUUUGAAAGCUGCUGUUAAUGGAGAAGUACCCCCGAAUUUCAAAGAAGCUUUGGAAAUAUAUGUUGAACCUGAAACUAUUUUCAUAUGGCCAAGGGGUGGACCGUUCACACUAUUCUGGUUCAUAGUUACGUGGCCCAUACGAAUUUUGUUAUUCAUUACAAUUCCUGAUACGAGAUACAAAAGAUUUCGUAACUGGUAUCCUGUGACAUUCUUAAUGUGUGUAAUAUGGAUAGCCAUAUCAUCAUACUUAGUUUCCUGGAUGACUACUAUCGUGGGGGACACUCUCGGAAUCCCCGAUUCUGUCAUGGGAAUCACAUUUUUAUCUGCUGGAGGAAACAUGCCAGAAAUGGUUUCUAUCGUCAUCCUUUCCAGGCGAAAUCAUGGUGACAUGGCAAUGAGCAACACGUUGGGUGCAAAUACUUUGGACAUUCUUCUGUGUCUCGGACUGCCCUGGACAAUAAAAGUGGUACUAAGUGGAAAAAAUGUGCAAAUUGUGUCUGGUGCCAUCGCGUACACCGUUUUUGCAAUAAUAAUUUGUGUGAUAGGAUUUUAUACGGUGACUGCUUUUUACGGAUUCAAAUUAAACAAGCAAGUAGGAGUUACAUGUCUUUGCAUGUAUUCAAUGUUCCUGGUCGUUGCUAUCCUCUUGGAAUUGAACACCUUCUUCUUUGUCAACUUACCAACGUGUGAAGUGUGAUUAUUCCUUUUAUUCUUAAACUCCGUGAAUUGCAUGAAGAAAGAAGAAAAAAUGAAAAAUAUAAAGAAAAGUGUUCUUUGUACAUAUCUGAAAAGUCUGCAGACUACUAGUAAGUGCAAAAUAAACAUUUUAAAAAAGUGGCUCAAGAGGAUUAAUCCGAGAUAACAAGAAAGUGUUUCUUACUCUCAGAACAAUAUUAAACUUUGACUUUAUAAAGAUGAAUCACAAAAGCGUGGUGUAUUCAGGAAUAACUCGCGUAAGUGAAGCAAACUUCCUUUCUUCAAUGAAGAAUAAUUAAAAAUGGACAUUUCAAGUAUAAUUAGUAAUUCUUAUUCAAUAAGGAACUUUGUAUCGAAAAAAGAUAUUAUAGUUUUUUAUUUAUAUUUUUUAUAUACAAAGAACUGACGUAUUUGACUUGCGGCGAAUUUUCCUGUUUAAAUUUUUAUGAAACAUUUUAAAGAUUCGAAAAAAAACAUAAAAACAUUAGAUCUUUAAAUGAAAAGCUUAAAAAUUAUGAUUUGACUCCAAAAAGGAAAAUAUAUCGUUCGCAUAGAAUCUCUGUUAAAUAUUCUACUUUUCGGAUAUAAAACUCACAUACGGUAUAAGCUGUUUAACAAUACCAGCGGAUUACUUCAUUCAUUGACAAAACAUAACGAAGAUUAAACAAAUUGUAUGAAACUUUAUGACAUGAUUAUUCCAUUUUCUUAAAUUUAUGAAAAUUUUGUUUUUAUAAAUUGAGAAACCAUACAUAUCAAAAUUUAAAGAAUCGCGAUAAAUAUAUUUAUCUAAAAUAGGCAGAACAAGCGCACUGUCUCUGCCCGAAAGCGGCACUAAAAUAUCACUUUAUUGUACUGUGACGAGCGGCAGGUAAAGUGACAGCAAGGAAGAAGAAGUAAGUGAAAAGGGAAAGAAAAGUAAUCAAGCGCCGUUUUCCAGAAAAAGAGCUCUUAUUCUGCCUAUUUCAAAUAAAGUAUCGUAUAUACCACGGAAGUGAAGUUAUUUUAUACUCGGAUGCCUAGGUACAUAAUCUACUAUUUCCAAGCACAUCUUCAAAAUGUUUAAUUUUAACAUUCGUUUUAAUUAGAUUUUUUUAUUUUCAUGGCACUUUCACAUCGG